GUUGCUGCUCGGCCGCGCCACGGCAACUGGGCGCCGGGCGGUGGAGGCCAGGAAGGGUAGGCGGGGCAGGUCCUCGCUGUCACUCGAGUCGGACGAGGAUCCCAUGCUUGCUUGCAUUCAAAGUUGGCGCCGGAAGCUGAGGUGCGCGGAAACGGAAGUGACGUCGGGAAGUGGAAGAUGUCGCUGCUGAGUGGUGUGUCCCGGCUGCUCGUUUCACCGUCAUCUGCAACGUGGGUUCUGGUGAGAGAAGCGUCAAAGAAAGCCGGAUCCAGUACAAAGAACUUGGGAGGAAAGAGUCCAGGGAAGAGAUAUGGCGUGAAGACUUUAGAUGGUGACUUUGUCCAUGCUGGAAAUAUUCUUGCUACGCAGAGGCUCAUGCGAUGGCACCCUGGGUCUCAGGUGGGAAUUGGGCGAAACAACACAUUGUUUGCACUGGAGGAUGGCAUUGUACGUUACACCAAGGAAGUCUAUGUACCGAGUCCUCGUAGCAGCGACAGCAUGAAUGUUAUCGCCAAGCUCCCUAUGGGCGCAGUUCUAUAUAAAACCUUCGUCAAUGUCAUUCCGCAGCCUAAAGAACAUAGCUUUAAACUGGUGGACAUGAUAUGAGUGGUAGUCCUAAUGUACAUAACCUUUAUUUCAUUAAACUGCUUUCUAAUAAA